AUGUCAGGCUGUUGUAGUGGGUUGACCCAAGAGAACCUGCAGCUCAAGGGCAGCCGGGCUGCUCCCUUGUGGAUGCUAGUGGUGCUCCUGCUGCUUCAAGCCUGCAAAGAGAUCAAUGAGAAUUCCAAGAUAUUGGCCAAUGUUACUCUUGGUUUCCACAUUUAUGACAGCUACUAUGACACAGCAAUGACAUAUCGGACCACUCUGGACCUCCUCUUCAAACUGCAUCAAUUUGUCCCCAACUACAAGUGUGACACCCAGAAGAACCUUGUAGCCAUCAUAGGGGGACUUGGAUCUGAUACUUCUUUCCAUAUGGCAGACAUCUUAAGUCUCUACAAGAUUCCACAGGUGAUGCCUCUUUCAGUCUGCAAUGAAUUUUGCCGUCCUGGUUAUCAUAAGAAAAGGAAGGAAGGAGAGAAAUUUUGCUGUUAUGAUUGUACUCCAUGCUCAGAAGGAAAGAUUUCAAAUGAGAGUGACAUGAAUGACUGCUUCAAAUGCCCACAAGAUCAAUACCCAAGAAAGAAGCAAACCCAAUGCAUUUUCAAACUUCUAAGCUUCUUGACAUUUGAAGAAUCAUUGGGCAUUAGUUUAGCAUAUCUUGCCAUUUCUUUCUUCCUCCUCACAGCCUUGGUAACUGCAAUUUUUAUUAAGCACAGAAACACCCCCAUUGUCAAAGCCAACAACCGGGAUCUCACUUACAUUCUCCUUGCCUCCCUUCUACUCUGCUUCCCAACUUCUUUGCUUUUCUUGGGCCAACCAGGGAGGACAACCUGCUUCCUCCGACAACCAACUUUCAGCAUCAUCUUCUCUGUGGCUGUGUCUUGCAUACUAGCCAAAACCAUCACUGUAAUUGUGGCUUUCAUGGCCAGAAAGCCAGGCUCCAACAUGAGGAAGUGGAUGGGAAAAAGACUUACUAACUCUAUUGUCCUUUCCUGCUCUUCUUUUCAAGCAAGCAUUUGUAUUGCAUGGUUGGCAAGCUCACCUCCAUUCCCUGAGUUAGACAUGCAAUCUGCAACUGAAGAAAUAAUUCUGCAAUGCAAUGAAGGGUCAGUCUUCAUGUUUUCCUGUGUCCUGGGCUAUCUGGGUCUCUUGGCCCUUGCCAGCUUCAUUGUGGCCUUCCAAGCUCGUAAACUACCAGACACUUUUAAUGAAGCCAAGUUCAUCACUUUUAGUAUGCUGGCCUUCUGCAGUGUGUGGGUGUCCUUUGUUCCAACCUACCUGAGUACCAAGGGAAAAGCCAUGGUGGCUGUGGAGGUCUUCUCCAUCUUGACUUCCAGUGCUGCAUUACUGGGGUGUAUCUUUUUUCCUAAAUGCUAUGUAAUUUUGUUGAGGCCUGAACUGAACAAUAGAGAACAAAUAAGAAGGCAAAAAAAUUAA